AUGGCGAUUCGUUUCUCCCCAGAGGAGCUCAAAGGGGAGCUUCUCAGGGUGAGACGUGAACUCGCUCAUUUGGAUACGCUUUUGGAUCGGACUUUCAGGGACAUAGAAGCUGCGAGUGAACAUGGCGAGAGGGACCGCAUGGAAGAUGCGAGAAAUGUGCGACAAUGUCUGUGGAAGGACAAGGAGCAGCUGAGGUCACAAGAGACUAUAUUUCUGAGGCUCUUAUUCGAUCCAAAUUCUGUUACUGGAAAUCCUGCGGAAAAUGGAGCACCGUCUGCGGGCGCUGGCUUCCCGCCUCAAUACUCCGUUGAUGGUUCGCCGAUGCCGAUUAUGGGUCAUGGAGAUCCUUCGCGGAUGCUCCACUCGGUAUUUACACCGCCGAUGCUUGGAGUUAAGCAGGGAAAGAUGAAGAUGCGACGCAACAAGCUCGCUUCACCCGGCCUGCCAUCGUCCAUGUCUGACGGAAAGUCUCCAUCUGGUUUUGAAUCCGACUUCGCUAAUCCGAAUGGUUACGAAGUCAACCGGAGUGCGGAAUGCAAAGUCCGCGACGUCUGGCUCGAAUGGAAGGAAGGGCUGAAUGGUUUCCCGUCGAUUGAGAAGCUUGAAGAAGAGAGGAAGAAGGACCGGAAGAAAGUCUGGUGGAAGAAUAUGAACGACUACAAAUACUGGAGCAAGCAGAUGAGGAUUGUUCACGCUGUCGAAGAAAAGGCUCGCGAGCUUGAAGGGUUUGCUUCGAAUGGCUAA